AUCGCGAUGUGAUACAUCAUCGCGUGCUGUGUUAUAUUUUCAAGAAAUAUUUUUAAUUUCAACAAGUUAUACGCUUCUUUUCUAAAUGUAUUAUUUGCUCGCGAUAAGUAUUCUCUAUUUUGAUUUCUAAAUAUGUGUAACUUGCCACCAAAGUUCCAUUCAGUGUGUCGCCUUUGUUUAUCAUUCUGUGGCGAUAAUUGCAGUGAUGUUAAACUCCAAAUAUUCGAUCGUGAUAAGGAUAAAUCACGGCUUUCGGAGAUGAUAACUGCGUAUUUAUCAAUAGUGGUUUCUCCAAGUGAUAUACUUCCACAAGUAGUGUGUGGAAGUUGUGCAAAUAAACUGGAUGAGUUUCACACAUUUAGAGAAUUAUCACACAAGUCUGAAAGGUUGUUGGAACAAUUUCUACAGUAUGCAAACUCUCUGUCAGGGCCAAAAGAGGAUGUGCUGAGUAUAGCGGCAUACAAACUGGAAGAAAUAAUUAAACCGUUGAACGAUAACGACUAUGAUCAUGCGGACAAAAACAAAUACUCAGAAAUCGGUUCGCCGGAUUCAACUGAAGAGAUGAAGAACUUGGAAAGCAGACAGGCCGCGGUCACGCUUCUUCAAAUAAAAAAUUACGAUCCGAACAAAUAUUUAUUGAAGCAAGAGGAACCUCAUAUUAUGUUUAAAACUGUACCGAGCUUACCGCCGGCGGAUAGAGCGCGGGAAGUUAUGCAUUGUAACACUGUGAUUGAUAUUAUUAGUAAAGCAGUAGCUGUUGCGCAAAGGGAAAACGAAGAAUCUCAUCAUAUACCGCCUAAUUAUUCUAGCAUUGAUAAAUCACAUUUACCAAACUCAAACGAGCAUCACCCACACGAAUAUACAGAGGAACAAUACAACGCGUACGUAACUCAGUGCGUUACUAGUCCGUGCAGCAACGACGAACAUGACAAAGAAAUGGAUCUCUCACUGUACAGUAUUGGAAAGCAUGAACCUAUUGAUCAGAGCGAUCAGCCUGAACACGAAGCCAGUACGUAUAUACACAAAUACCCCAGUAAUAAAAUGCCACGUUAUGUGGAUGAAUAUAAGCAGCAAGGUUAUACGAGGACGAAUGUGAAGACGAAACCGUCAAAGGAUAAUUCUUCAGUUUAUGAAGAUUGCAGCCAAAGCAGUAGCGGGUCUGAUCCAGAUAGACUGCAAAUGGACAUCUCUGAAGUUUCGCAGGACGACCCAGAGGAAACACAGUCCGUGCCAUCGGCGCAGUCAUCCCCGAAGCCUCCGCACGACAGUGAUACCGACAAGGAGUCAUUAUGGAAUGCUUUACACAAACAAAAUGGUCGGGGGGAUACAACGCAACUAUUGCGGCGGCUUAUCAACAGCAAACACACCGGCAUGACCGUGUCGCCGCUGCGGACCAACACGUCGCCCGUGCACGCAACGCUGCCUCCGCCCAACGGAGCCGUGUCACCGAACGGUGAGUGGUCAAGUCCGAGUCGGGGUGGCGUGGGUGGUAUUGCGGGGGGCACAGCGCGGAGAAAACAGAGCUGUCCGGCGCGUGCGCAGCCGCAGGAGACACACAACACGUGGCCACAGACCAAUGAUGAAUCAUCGGACAUGUCCGGCGUGGCGAGCGCCCGCGGCGGGCCGGGCGCGCCCCGCGUGGAGCUGGCCUGCACCAACUGCGGCACACACACCACCACCAUCUGGCGGCGGGACGCGCGCGGAGAGAUGGUGUGCAACGCGUGCGGCCUGUACUACAAGCUGCACGGCGUGCCGCGCCCCACGGCCAUGCGGCGCGACACCAUCCACACGCGGCGCCGGCGCCCGCGCCACGAGCUCAAGACCUCGCGCUCCCGUGAGUACACUCUUAUAGAGAGCCCGCUCUACACUUAGU